UGUAGUUUUCUUUUUACAUGUAGUGCACGAAUUCAUUCUCGUAACUGCAUGAUAUAUACUGAUGCAUGCAUAUGUUGUGUCGCCACCUUCCUCUUCCUCUUCCUCCAAAGGCAUGAUGGGUAGUUACAGGCCACCCAUGCAGCCCUUUCAGGGGCCUGUCGAUGGCAUGAUUAACAUGGCCGGCAUGCCUCCACAUCCCAUGGGGUUGCCUACCUUACCCCUCUACUCCCUGUGGGGUAUGCCUAGCAUGCCAUAUUCGGGUGUGAAUGGAAUGGCCCCAGGUUCUACAGGAAGCAUUUACGGGACUCAGAUGGGUGUGAUGAACUCAGGCCAGCAGGCCCCGCCACCCUACCCAGGACAGGGGCAGGUUGGGCAGCCUGCUCUGCAUCAACCCUCCACCCCCAUAUUUGUGGCUCCUCCUCCCAAACCCCAGCGACUGCUCCAUUCAGAGGCUUACCUGAGAUAUAUAGAAGGACUCAGUGCUGAGUCCACUACUGUCAGCAAAUGGGACCAAACACUCUCUGCUCGCAGGAAAAAUGUCCGGCUCACAAAAGAGCAGGAGAGCCGUCUGCCCUCUCACUGGCUGAAGAGUAAGGGAGCUCACAAGACCAUGGCUGCUGCUCUGUGGCGACUUCGGGACCUAAUGCUACGAGACACACUAAACAUUCAACAGACCUAUAACAUCCAAAACCUCUGAAGCAUUCCUCCUCAUUCUCACCCGACAAGACGAGCUGUUCUUAGUGUUUUAAUGUGAUUGAAUAAGGUCCUGUUUAGGGUUUUGUAAUGCUAAAUAUUGUCUGUUGGCUUUAUUAGUGUUGAUGUUUCUUAAUAGCACUUUCGAUUGGCUGGUUUUUCUAUGUUGGCUAUUACAUGUUCUUAGACCAAUUUAAACAUUUUCAUAAAAUGUUGAACUUUAAAGUCUUGACCUUAAUGUUUGUGCAUUGUAAUCUGUGACAGGGGUAAGUUAGGAUUGUUAUGAGAGAAUGGCCGUGUCUUGGUUCAUGGUAUAUGGCAUUGAGUUAAUACACCUAUUUUUCAUAUCAUCCCUGUUGUAUUAGCUAAAAUCAUUUUGGAAUGGACAUCAUCUGUCUAUUGUUUCAAUAAACUAACAGU